GCAUAAUAAUACAAGUGGGUUGUUGUCAAGAGUCAAAAAGUACGAAAGUUACCCUACAAUUUACACAAAAUGGCAGUAUAUUCAUUCUCAGAAAUUUCUGAAUCUCAAGAAAAUAGGAGAGAGAAAACAAUGGAUGCAUUACCAAAAGCAACACUAGAAUUAGCUCAAAAACACAGGUUUAAAUCCCUGAAAAGAGUGAACUUAGAUUUGGGUAAAAAUCUUGAUGAAACACCAUUUGGUGCUGAUUUUGGGCGUCUGGAAAAUGGGUUGACUUACUAUGUUCGUUGCAAUCCUAAACCACAAAUGCGUGCUGCUCUUGCUCUUGCUGUUAAAGUUGGUUCUAUAUUUGAAGCAAGCCACGAACGAGGAAUUGCCCAUAUAGUUGAACAUCUUGCUUUCAGUGCCACCAAGAAGUACACAAACCAUGAUAUUGUAAAAUUCUUAGAAAGUAUAGGGGCAGAGUUUGGUGCUUGUGGAAAUGCUUAUACAAGUUUUGAUGAAACUGUUUACGAACUGUUUGUUCCUAUUGACAAACCUGGGCUAUUGUCUGAGGCGAUUUCCAUUUUAUCAGAAUUCAGUUAUGAGAUUCGGAUUUCUCCAGAGGACUUGGACAAAGAAAGAGGUGCUGUCCUGGAAGAAUAUAGACGAGGAAGGGAUGCUAAUGGUCGUUUGUCUGAAGCAACUUUUGCUUCAGUGAUGGACGGCUCAAAUUAUGCAAAACGUUUGCCAAUUGGUUUGGAGCUUGUGAUUCGGUCAGCUCCUGCUGAAGUCGCAAAGCAAUUUUACAAGAAGUGGUACUGUUUACAGAACAUGGCAGUGAUAGCAGUUGGAGACUUUCCUGAUACAAAGAGUGUUGUCGAGUUGAUAAUUCAGCACUUUGGCCAGAUAAUUUCACCAUCCCCUCCAGUUACCCCAGAACAUGUGGUUCCAUUUCAUCAUAAACCACGGUUUUCAUGUUUAGUUGAACCAGAAGCAUCAGGGAGUUCAGUUGAGAUAAACUGGAAGAUGCACAAUGACGAGCCUAAGACUAUUGGAGAUUAUAAGGACUGGCUUAUUGGAGUUGUGUUCCGUUCGGCUUUGAAUCGUAGAUUCACUAAAAUAUCUCGGAGAAAGGAUGCACCCUUUUUUGGAUGCUCUAUUGCAGAACUGGAGUUAGUUCGUCCAGUCAAAGCUGUCCAAAUAUCUUCAUCUUGUAAAGACAAAAGUAUACUUGAAGCCUUGGAAUCGAUGCUUUCUGAGCUUGCAAGGGCUAGAUUACACGAGUUCUCUGAGCGUGAAAUAUCAAUCGCUUGUGCCAAUAUCUUGUCAGAAAUGGAAUCUGCUUAUUUGGAGCGUGAGAAAAUGCAAUCAAGCACCUGGCGUUAUCAGUAUCUGCAGCAUUUUCUUCGCAAUGAAGCUGUUCUUGGGCUUGAGUUUGAGGCUAAGCUUUACAAAACCAUUUUGCCUCAGUUAUCAGCUUCUGAGGUGUCAAGGUAUUCUGAGAAGUUAAAAAUGUCGGAAAGUUCUGUAGUAAUAAUAACUGAACCUCGAGCCACAGUAACAGAGAAAGAUCUUCAGAACCUGGUAUCAGUGACAGAUUCUCUUGAGGAGGAAGAAAAAAUCUCUGCUUGGAAGGAUGACUUCAUUCCGGAAGAAGUUGUCCAGGUGAAGCCAAAUCCUGGGGAAGUUGUGCGAAAAUCUGAUUAUCAAGAUAUUGGAGUUACAGAGAUAGCUCUAUCGAAUGGCAUGAAAGUUUGCUACAAAUGUACGGAUUUCCAGAAUGACCAGGUUAUCUUUAGAGGAUACUCUUACGGAGGUUAUUCAGAACUUUCUGAAAGUGAGUAUCUUUCUUGCAUGUUAAGCUCAAGUAUUGCGGGAGAAAUCGGCCAGUUUGGUUAUAAACCAACCGUGCUAGAGGACAUGUUGGCUGGCAAGAGAGCUGGUGUCUACACACAACUUGGGGCAUAUACUAGAAAUUUCAUCGGUGAUUGUUCACCUUCAGAUUUAGAAACUGCAUUGCAGCUUGUCUAUCAACUGUUUGUGACCUGUGUGAAACCUGAAGAAGAAGAUACCAGAAGAGUGAUACAGAUAGUAGAAGAAAUGAUUCGCGCUGAUGAGAGGGAUCCUUACAAUGUCUUCACAAAUCGAGUGACAAGAAUCAAAUAUGGAAAUUCUUACUUCUAUAAGCCAGCACAACUUAAUGAUCUGCCGAAAGUUGAUCCAGAGAAGGCUUGUGAAUAUUUUGACCGUAGCUUUAAAGAUCCUUCUACAUUUACAGUUGCGAUCGUUGGCAAUCUUGAUCCAACUAUAAUACAUCCAUUAAUACUGGAGUAUUUGGGUGGAAUACCAAAGUCUUCAGUACCUGAUCUACAUUUCAACUUGGAAGAUCUCAGUGGUUUACCAAGCAACCCUCCAGUAAACAUAGUAAGAGAAAUUGUUAGAAGUCCCAUGGUGGAAGCUCAGUGUUCAGUCCAUAUAUCUAUGAAUAUAAAGCUCUGCAGUGAGACCAUGAUGGAGGAAUUGUGGUUUACUAAAUUUUUGAGCCAGCUUCUACAGACCAAACUGACUCAGGCUCUUCGGUUCAAACAUGGAGAGAUUUAUACAGUAAGUGUUGAUUCAAACUUCGGAUACAGCAAGCCAUCUAAAACUGCUGACCUGGAAGGUGAGAUAACUAUUGAUUUUUCGUGUGAUCCGAAUGUUGCUGCUACGCUGGUUGAUGUCUCUUUAGAUGAGACACUGCGUCUUCAAGAGCACGGACCUUCAGAAGAAGAUGUUUCAGCUGUGCUUGAGAUUGAACAGAGAGACUACGAGAAUGAACUACAGGAGAACACGCAUUGGCUUUUUCAGAUUUUGCAGAGUUACCGGUCAAGGUUGUAUUCUGGUAACCUGGGAUCUACAUUUCAGGAAUUAGAGAAAGCUAGAAGCAGAGCUCGACAAACUCUCUCACCAUUAACAGUAAAAUGGGCACUACAGAAAAUUUUACCUUACCCUUGCAAACAGCAUUAUAUCUCUGUAACCUUAAUACCAGAAACAAAUCGUUUCCGUUUACUGAAACACCAAUUGAAAACCCAACUUAAGGAAAAGUAUUAUGGUAGAUAUAUGAAGACUGUGGACAAGGUGUGGAAGGUUUUUGCCAGGAAAGACAUUUCUCACUAAAGGAGCUGAAAUUCUUCCAUUCAUCCACAAGUUGUUUCUCCUGCAUCUACCUGCUUGUACAGAAGCAAUUUAACAUUCAACUUUGAUAUGUCUAACACAUGAGCAUUCCGAGUCAUCCCAUUUAUAUGGCGAAUUCAUAUUCAUCGAGUAUAAUAAACAGUUAGGUGCUAGUUACUCUUAUUAGGGAUUUGGUUGUACAUAUCAACAGUUCAAAGCCCAUGUUGGUUGGGUUGAGAGGUGGUGUAAGUAACAGUGUAACAAUAAAUGUUGUUGGGUGUACUAUGGUGUAUAAUUGUACAAUCUUCGUCACCAUUUGUUAAUGAAAGUUGUCAGAUAGUAACUGGUUUCUUACUCA